AUGGCGAGUGCAGCCACGAAUUUAAAACACAGGUUGUUGGGCGAAUUUCGAGCAGGAGUAGAAAGCAUCGACGAAUACAAGGAAAGGUUCGAGCUUUACUGCCUGGCAAACGCAGUACCUAUAGGAGACGAGCAUGUAGCUCGUAGGAAUGCAAUCUUUUUAACGCCUGUGGGUGCAUCGACGUACAGUUUGUUGCGGACCUUGGUACGACCUCGCCAACCGCAAGAUUUGGAGCUUGAUGAUAUCAUUCAGCAACUGAGAAAUCAUUACGAGCCAAAGAAGAUUGUUAUAGCCAAGCGAUUCCGUUAUUACAAGAGACAACAGAAAGAAAGAGUAGAAGCCCUACAGCUGAAAAUUCUGGCAGAAACUGACUUAACACUCGAUAAAGCAGUACGAAUCGCGCAAGCCUUUGAAUCUGCAAGACAAGAGACGACAGGUUUGCGAGGAGACACGCGCAGACACACAUCACGCGCCAUAAGUGGGAGAUCAAAGACAACACAGUCUGAUGUGAGAGUAUGCUACAGAUGCAAUGACAAGGGGCACGUUCCUGAUAAGUGCCAGAUGAAAUCCAGAGAGUGCUAUUUAUGUCACAAGAAGGGACAUAUUGCAAAAGCCUGCCGAAGUAAGAAGCAAGGCGAUUUCAAGAACGGGAGCGGAGCAAAGGGUACCAAGAAUACAAAGUACCAGAGGCAAGCCACGUUACAAGUGGAAGAAGAGGAAGUAUGUUCACUUUAUGGUCUGGGAAGUCCGGACGCAAUCAAAGUCAAUAUGACUGUAGCUGGACAAGAAUUAGAGGUGAUUAUUGACACCCGUGCAACUAUUACCGUGAUUCCCAGGGAGACCUAUGAGAAACAACUAUCCCAUGUCAAACUCCAGAGCAGCAACGUGAAAUUACAGUCAUAUUGUGGAGAGACAUUGUCUGUACGCGGAGAAGCUGUGGUACCAGUACGCUACGGAGAUCAAGAAAUAAGGGGUAGAGUAGUUGUCGUCAAUGCUGCAAAUAAGCCAGCAGUGCUUGGCAGGAAUUGGUUGUCACGACUCAAGUUGGACUGGGCGUCCUUAUUUAGCUUGAAUGUCCUGGAUCCCCUACACGAGUUUCCUGAGUUAUUGAAGGAAGGAAUUGGGAAGCUGAAAGGAGUGCAAGUGAAUAUUACUUUGAGUGCCAAUGCAAGGCCAGUCUUUCCUAAGGCAAGACUAGUACCAUUUGCGUUACAAGCUAAAGUGGAUACUGAAAUCGAUCGCUUAGUCAGAGAAGGAGUACUGACACCUGUAGAACAGAGCGAGUGGGCUUCACCGAUAGUAGUGGUGAGGAAAUCUGACGGCAGUAUCAGAUUGUGUGGUGACUACAAAGAAGGGUUUGUUUACUUAUACCAGGAUGCCUUUUGGUAUACGAACAGCACCAAGUAUUUUCCAGAAAACGAUGGAUAUGAUAUUGUCUGGAAUACCAGGAGUUUGUUGUUUUUUUAUGACAUACUGAUUGUCGGUUCAACUGAUGCUGAGCACAAUGCAAGAGUGAGGCAAGUAUUUCAACGCCUAAAGCAACGAGGAGUCCGGCUAAAGAAGGACAAAUGUGAAUUUGGAAAGUCUGAGGUGACAUACUUAGGUCACAGGGUAGAUCACGAAGGUCUGAGACCUACAGAAGACAAGGUCAAGGCUAUAAGGGAAGCACUUGAGCCAAGAAAUGGGACUGAGUUGAAGGCAUUUCUGGGGCUGUUGAACUAUUACAGCCAUUUCUUACCAAAUCUGUCGAAUACUCUACAAGCAUUGUAUGAGUUACUUCAAAAAGGAAAACAGUGGAGAUGGACAAGGAAACACAGGGCCGCAUUCAAUGCAGCAAAGAACAAGUUAUUACAGUCUGGUUUUCUUACGCACUAUGAUUUGUCUCGACCAGUCAAGCUCAAAUGUGACGCAUCCCCAUAUGGAAUAGGAGCCUGUUUGAGUCACGAGUUCGAGGAUGGAUCAGAGAGACCGAUAGCAUUUGCUUCACGGACACUGUCAUCAGCAGAAAAGGGCUACGCCCAAAUAGAGCGUGAAGCACUGCCAUUAAUAUUCGGCGUUCGUCAUUUCCACAAGUUCCUCAUUGGCCGAAGAUUCACACUGGUGACAGAUCACAAACCUUUGGUCAAAAUUCUGGGACCUAAACAGGGUAUCCCGGCGUUAGCAGCAGCAAGGCUGCAGAGGUGGGCACUAAUUUUAAGUGCAUACGAGUACAACCUGGAGUACAUGGCUGGAGAGGAGAAUAAGGAAGCAGAUAUGCUGUCCCGACUGCCAAUGGAAGUGAAUGUCAUAGACCCUAACCAGGAAUUGUACCAUGUGGAUUGGUGUGAGAAUCUAUCUGUAACAGCAGCAGAAGUAGCACAAGAGACUAAAGCAGAUCCAAUUUUGAGACGGGCAUACCAGUAUACAUUGUCUGGAUGGAACUGGAAAAGUCACAUGGAUCCAACGUUACAACCCUACUCACGACCGUCAGAUGAACUUAGCGUUGAAGAGAACUGUUUACUUUGGGGAACACGUGUGAUAAUACCGCAAAAAUUACAGUCAAGAGUUCUAGCAGAUCUUCAUAAAAACCACCUGGGUUCAAAUCGAAUGAAGGCAUUAGCUAGAUCGUAUAUCUGGUGGCUGAGUUUGGACAUGACGUUGGAAGAAUUGUGCAAGAAAUGUGAAAUUUGUCAAACACCUUGGGAGAGAGUUCACGCAGAUUUCGCGGAGUUGGAAGGUCAACAUUAUCUUAUUAUGAUUGACGCUUAUUCGAAAUGGUUGGAGGUGCAUGAAAUGGGCACUAGUACAAAGGCUAGUAGGACAAUAGAGGUGAGGAGGUCAGUAGAAUUUCUGGAGUUCAUGAAAGGAAAUGGUGUCAAACACCAACUCGCCCCUCCGUAUCACCCAUUGAGUAAUGGACAAGCAGAACGAGCAGUUCAAAUCUUCAAGAGAUCUAUGGAGGCACGACCUAAAGGACGUACUAUUCGACAUCAAAUAUCUAUACUACUGCUGCAGUAUAGGUCAACUCCAAAUACCUCAACAGGAAAAACGCCAUCCGAAUUGCUAAUGAAGAGAGUCUUACGAACAAGACUAAGCUUUGUUAAACCUACAGUUGGAGGAGAGAUUUGA